GUUAGAAAAAUUUGUUUGAAAAAUAUUAGUUACAACUAGAGGUAUACAUUUAAUCAUUUUCUUGUUUUUAUUGGAUUAGAUACAGAAAAAUGUAUUUUCUAAUAUUACAACCUAAGAAUGACAUUACCGAUAAAUUAUAUGAAUUUCCGAAAAAUAAAUAACUAGUAAUUUUGCAUCUUUAUCUAAGAGAUGCAUAAGAAUUAUAUUAAAAUAAGGUAUAGGCAUAGAUUAGUAUAUAGCGUGAGAUUAAAUACACAUGUGUAUUUAAUCUAUGAUAUAGGAUUCAUCUUUGAUAAUAAUCAACAAUUUCUGAUAAUAUAUUAGGUGAUAUAUCAUCAGAAAUUGUUAAUUUUUUAAAUAUAUUACAUAGUUUUAGAUCAUAAAAUUAAAUAAUAGCUAGUAAAUACUUAGAUAAUAAAUUUAUUAUCUAUAUUUGUAAUUUAUUAUUAAAACGCUGCAUAUUUAGUUAGCGUACUUAAUGCUAUGUACUUAGCAAGUUAUUAUACAACUAAAUAUAUAAAUAGCUAUAUAAAUGGAGUUUCAAAAAGAUAUUGGUGAAAUUAUGUAUGGGUUAGGUGAAUACAAGGCCAUACCACAAACAAUUGAAGCUGUUCAAUCUGUACUUAUUAAGCAAAUAUCAAUGUUAUUAGUACAAUCUGCAGAAAUUGCUUGCAUUCGUGGUAGCCAUGAGAUAUCUACUAUAGAUAUAAUAUUUUUGUUGAGAAAAUAUAAGUAUACUUUGAAUAAAAUUGUGCAGUAUUAUAAACAUAAAAGAGAUAAGAAUACUUCUAUAUACUUGGAAAAUGUAAAUAAUGAGGAACAAGUAGAAUAUGAAAGAGCUCAUAAAAAACAAAAAAAAAGUGGUUGUUUUAAAUCUGAAAAAAUAAAUGAUGUUGCAAAUUCUCUAGAAGAUGAUGGCUUUAAUUUUAAUUUUACAAAAAGCUCAACAAAUAUUGACUAUAAAAAUGAAACAGAAGUCAUUAAUCCAUAUUUAAUCAACAGAAAAAAUACAAUUUAUAACAAUAUCAUUGAUGUUUUAGAAGAAUUGAAUGUUGAUCUUGAAGAAUAUGAUGAAAAAAUAGUUAAAGCUCAUAAUUCUUGGGCGCUUAAAACUGGAGCUGCUAUGUUAAAAAUUGAACCUGAAUUAGGAGAGUAUUAUCAGAAAUAUAAAUCAAAAACAUUUCAUGAUACAGAUUUUCUAAAGAAAGUUCUUGAAUUAUUGCCAUGGAGUAUAAAGUAUGAUACUUAUGCUUGUGAUAUAUUUCAGUUUUUAGCAAAAGAAACAAUAUCAUGUUUGAUAUUUCAAGUACAUCAAAAUAGAAUUAAAAAAAAUUUAAAGUCAAAGAAACCAUCAGUUAUUGAAGAAAUUGAAAAUAUUUUAGCAAUCCAAAUAGAAAAGCCAAUUACAAUUGAAGAAAUUACAGAAAUUACAAAUGACACAUGGUGUAAUUUAUAUAUAAAAAAAGAAAUUCCAUUUAUGCCAAGUAGUGAUAUUUUUAAGGGUAAAUUUAUUCUCGACUAGUGAAUUUUAAAGUUAAAUCUUUUUAUUUGUGUGUAUAAAUUUUUCGAAAUUAACAAAUAAAACGUAAUCAUAAGCUAUACAUUGUGUAUUUCAAAUUAAUAUUUUAGCUGAUAAUACUGUCCAUUCAAUUUUGUAAGUAUACAAAUAAAAUACUCAAUAGAUUAAAGUAUACUGUUAUAAGCAACAUAAUAUAUUUAAAUUGUUACAUAAAUUCAAUUUUUCUGACUAGAUUUUAUAAAUAAAAAAUGUUAUUAGAA